ACACAUUAGGGUGUAAAGUCAAAGAAGACAAAAGUUCAGUUUCCCGUCCGUCCGCCUCCUCCGUCUCUCUUUCUCCGAGCCUCGCGGGAAGCAGAAGUUAAUCGUAAUCGACUGAAUAUGGAGAGGGCGGUGCGAUGUAGUGUGGAGGUCGUUUAGGGUUUUCGUCCUUGAAUUUGCUCCGACAUCAUUGAUUCGGUUCUGGACUGGGCUAGUGUUGCGAAGGAAAGAUGGAAGCUAGCGAUGUGUUGGAGGAGCUGUUAACAGUGGAAGUUGAACUUCAGGACGUCCAAGACCAGAUAAAGCAUUUGCUCGAUCGUCAAGAGAAGCUAUAUGAGAGACAGUCAGAGCUUAAAGCUAUCUUGGAAGCAUGUGAAGCACCGAGUGGCUCGACUCAGGAUGGCCCUUCAACUUCCGUGGAGGACUGGUCCGGUUCAUUUGAAUGGGAUGCUCUAGCUGAUGAUGUUAGAUUCAACAUUUUUGGGAUUUCAGAAUAUCGUGCCAAUCAGCGGGAGAUUGUAAAUGCCGUUAUGAGUGGAAGAGACGUCCUGGUAAUUAUGGCUGCAGGAGGUGGCAAAAGCCUCUGUUACCAGCUUCCAGCUGUUCUUCGCGAUGGAGUUGCCCUUGUUGUCAGUCCUUUACUUUCGUUGAUUCAGGAUCAGGUAAUGGGUUUGGCUGCUUUGGGCAUUCCAGCAUUUAUGUUGACAUCAACAACUGGCAAAGAGGAUGAAAAGUUUAUAUACAGGGCUCUGGAAAAGGGAGAAGGUGAGCUUAAGAUUUUAUAUGUGACUCCAGAAAAGAUAUCCAAGAGCAAACGAUUCAUGUCCAAGCUUGAGAAAUGCCAUCAUGCUGGGCGUCUCUCCCUAAUAGCAAUUGAUGAGGCACAUUGUUGCAGCCAGUGGGGUCACGAUUUUCGUCCGGACUACAAAAACCUGGGUAUCCUGAAGACUCAGUUCCCAAAAGUACCUGUGGUUGCUUUAACUGCAACUGCUACUCACAAAGUCCAACUUGAUCUAAUGGAAAUGCUGCAGAUUCCUAAAUGCGUUAAAUUUGUCAGCACUGUUAAUCGGCCGAACCUCUUUUACAUGGUAAGAGAAAAAUCUUCGGUUGCGAAGGUGGUUGUAGAUGAAAUUGCUGAGUUUAUAAGAGAAUCUUAUCCAAAUAACGAAUCUGGGAUUGUGUAUUGUUUCUCUCGGAGGGAAUGUGAACAGGUUGCGAAAGAAUUACGUGACAGAGGAGUUUCAGCAGAUUAUUAUCAUGCAGAUAUGGAUGUACAUGCUCGGGAGAAAGUACAUAUGCGAUGGAGCAAUAGUAAGUUGCAAGUCAUUGUUGGCACGGUGGCAUUUGGUAUGGGGAUUAACAAACCAGAUGUCAGGUUUGUCAUCCAUCAUAGUCUGAGUAAAUCAAUGGAGACAUAUUACCAGGAAAGUGGUCGGGCUGGACGAGAUGGGCUUCCAUCAGAAUGUCUGCUCUACUUCAGAGCUGCUGAUGGUCCAAGACAGAGUUCAAUGGUCUUUUACGAAAACUCAGGAUUGCAAAACCUGUAUGACAUAGUAAGGUAUUGUCAGUCUAAAAGACAAUGUCGCCGAGGUGCCUUUUUCAGGCAUUUUGCUGAGGCAUUACAAGACUGCAAUGGAAUGUGUGACAACUGUGCAUUCUCUAAUGAGGUCAAAGAAAUUGAUGUUUCCGAACAUGCAAAACUUGUGGUUUCUUUGCUGCAAGAAGUGCGAGAGAAUGAUCAGAGGUUGACAAUGUUGCAGCUGGUAGACAAGAUGAAGACAAUGCAGAAGGAACUAGGUGCUGACCUUAAAAAGGAGGAACUAGAACAACUUGUUCUAAAUCUUAUAUUGGACCGUGUUUUGAAAGAAGAAUUUCAGCAUACAGCUUACUCCACUAAUGCAUACGUGACGGUAGGACCUUUGGCGAGACAAGUUCUGCAAGGAAAGAGGGCAGUUAAACUUGAGAUUCUGAGCAAGCAGAAGAAUGUUGUCGGAAAUAACAAAUCAGCUAAGCGCAGUCUUACAACAUCUGGUUUGGAGUUCAAACUUGAUGAGCUACGAAAGGAACUCUCUUCGAUUGAUGGGGGAAUAUUUCCUCAUUCUGUCUUGUCAACUCAGCAGAUCAGCAUGAUUAGUGCAAAGAGACCCAGUUCACUUGAAGAGCUGGAGAGCAUAAUUGGCAAGGUGAAGACACAGAGAUACGGAAGCAAGAUUCUUGAAGAAGUUGAGAAGUAUGCCAACUCAGAUCCCCAGGACAUUAAUCUGCCGAAUCAAAAUGAAGGCACUGAGAAUAAGGCAUCGAAGAGACAGAAAACCAAAAGGGCUACUGUAAUUAUAGAGAGCAGCAGUGAUGAUGAAGCAGGCUGAAGAUCCUCUUCCAUUCCAAAAUCAUUUUUCUGAUGGCAAAUAAGCCCGUGCCAGUUCCAUGUGCUUGACAAAGGAGAAUCAUGAUCUAGUCUUUCUCCUUAGUUUGCACUUUGUCAAUGCUAGCCCGAUGUCGGGUUGGCUGGGGGCCUCUUUUUGGGCGGGUAUUUUGGUGGUCAGGCCCUAUCAUUUUUCUUUGUAUCAUUUCCCAGAAAGCUAAACUGGGUGGAUAUGUAAAAGCUAUUCUAGACGAGUCGUUCAUGAAAGGAGACAUUUUGCUCGGAUUAUAUGCAAAGAAAUGCCCCAAGGAAACAUUUUUGCUUGUUGAUGUCGGGUUAUCUGAUCCUUGGGUCUUCAAUAGAUUAAAAUCCAAGAUACAGUGAGCAA